AGACAUUCCUGCCUUCCCUCGUUAAACUUGGCUCAGUAUCUCCUGUUGCUUCAUAUUACUGCGCCUGUGCUGGAAAAAUAACGCCAUUCAAGGAACAUGGAGCAGCACUGAGUUGUUUUUUGUCAGAGUCACAUCAGCCUGAAAUGGACGAAGGCAGCAUCAGGAAGAAGAAGGAGGCGCAGAAUGGCUCCACAGGCCACAUCAUGGCCUGUCAGACGGAGGACCAGAAGCCCGCCAAGGCUACUGUGCUUCAAAAAGAUGUUGGUCUGCUCAGUGGGAUCUGUCUGAUUGUGGGGACAAUGAUUGGCUCGGGCAUCUUCAUUUCUCCAAAAUCUGUUCUGCUGUACUCUGGAGCUGUUGGACCCUGCCUCAUCAUCUGGGCGGCCUGUGGAGUGUUGGCCACUCUGGGAGCACUCUGCUAUGCUGAGCUUGGCACCAUGAUCACAAAAUCAGGUGCAGAGUAUUCAUAUUUAAUGGCGGCUUAUGGCUCCGUUCCAGCCUACCUCUUCUCCUGGACCACUGUCAUGGUGCUGAAGCCCUCAGCCUUUGCCAUCAUCACGCUGAGCUUUGCAGAAUACGCCUCCACGCCUUUCUACCCUGGCUGCACUCCUCCUGUACUUGUCACUAAGUGUCUGUCAGCAGCAGCCAUAUUGUUGAUCGUCACUGUCAAUUGUCUGAGUGUUAAACUGGCAAACUAUGUGCAGAACUUCUUCACCGCAGCCAAGCUCUUCAUCAUUUUAGUCAUAGUGGUUGCUGGCAUUGUCAUGUUGGCACAAGGAAGAACAGAGAAUUUUUCAAACGCUUUUGACGGCUCAACUUCAUCUUUUGGAGGAAUUGGACUUGCUUUUUAUAACGGACUGUGGGCUUAUGAUGGAUGGAACCAGUUAAACUUUAUCACAGAAGAGCUGAAAAACCCGUACAGGAACUUGCCUCUGGCCAUCAUCAUCGGGAUCCCAUUGGUGUCUGUGUGCUAUGUGUUGGUCAACAUUGCCUACUUCAGUGUUAUGACCACCACUGAACUACUGCAGUCUCCAGCUGUUGCUGUGACUUUCGGAGACAGAGUUCUUUACCCUCUGUCCUGGAUCGUUCCUCUUUUUGUGGUCUUCUCAACAUUUGGAGCUGCCAAUGGAAGCUGUUUCACUGCUGGCAGACUGGCCUAUGUGUCUGGUAGAGAGGGUCACAUGGUAAAAAUCCUAUCCUACAUUAGUCUGAAGCAUUAUACUCCAUCGCCUGCUCUUAUAUUCAAUGGUAUUUUGGCUAUUUGCUACAUUAUCCCAGCUGACAUUAACACCCUCAUUAACUACUUCAGCUUUGCUACAUGGGGGUUUUAUGGAAUGUCAGCGCUCGCUCUCAUUGUCAUGCGUUACACCAAGAAGGAUCUCCAUAGACCAGUGAAGGUACCAAUAGUCAUAGCAGGCUUCAUGGUCCUGGUCUCCUGCUACUUAGUCCUGGCUCCGAUCAUUGACAAGCCAGAACUGGAGUACCUCUACUGUGCAGUCUUCAUCCUCAGCGGACUUCUCCUCUACUACCCUCUCAUCCAUCUCCGAGUCAAAUGGGCACAAAAACUCAUGAGUCCCAUCACCAUGCAUCUUCAGCUGCUGAUGGAAGUAGUUCCUCCAGAGAAAACUGAGUGAAAUUGGACAGCACUGACAACCAGGUCAAGUUCUGCUGCAUGCGUGCGUCAAACAUGUCGAGCCUGAUAUUAGAAACAGCGGGCCCGAAAUGUAGUGCCCUGAGGGGAUCAGAGCCAAACAUCAUAGGCUCACCUCUGUCUGCUGUACUGUAUAUUUUUAAAGGUUUACAUGAACCUUUGUACAGAAGUAGAUUGAAAUAAUGUGUUAUGUGAGUGUUACAGGUAAAAAUAAAAAAACAGGCAAUGCUGCUGUAAAUAGAAUGUCUAUAUAAAAAUGAUGCAUUAAGACACACAAAUGAGCAUGAUCUCAUGCUGUGUUCUCCAUAACAAGAACUUAAUCACUCAAAAUAACAGAAUGUUAGGCAGGAUUUUACUUAGAGAUCACUUUUUUAUGAUUAUCACAGAAGUUAUGAAAAGCAUUAAGCAAACAUGUUCAAACUUUUCUUCUGUAGUUUAUGUGCAAGUUAUUUGGUCCAAAGAUCAAGGGAUGAAGUGUCCAAGAACUUAGACAUGCAUGAAUCUAUAUGUGAGCAAAGGGAAAUUGUAAACAUGUUAUAUGCUGGCAGAAACAUAACGCAUAACAUUAUGGAAAAUGUUUUAAUCAUGUUACCCCUGAGGUUGUAAACGGAAACAUUGAAACGUGCUUAUGUACAGAUAUUUGCACAUUAAAAAAUAUACUGUUAGUCUCAAACCAGGACAAACUGGAACGAUUCCAAGAAGUAUUUAGAGGGGAUGAGCAUGAGGUGAAAAUGGGAAAUUAAAAAUGUAUGUUGCCUGCAACUAUUCCUUCUUUGUCUCACUAAUCUGACUUCUGCUACACUACUGUGAGCCCUCUGUCUAUCAAUGUACAGUGAGCUGGUUGUUAAGCCAAAUACUAGAAUCCCGACAGGGUGAGCGUUAACCCAAAUGUGAAGCGAUUGGUUUCACACACCCUUCCAGGAUUCUACUUCACAAAAUAACACACCAUACUUUUCCUGCUUAUUACCUGGCUACCAUUAAAAAAAAGAUACAAGCAUUGUGACUCUAAGCCUCGAUUAAACAAUGGCUUUAUUCAUUUUAAAACUAGUUAUAAAAGCAGCUAAAAGUCCAGUUGCACACAUAGGUUAAGUGUUGCCAGUCAAAGUAUUUUAACAGUGUACCAAAUCUGCUGGAUGUUAAUCAGUCCAACUGCAGCCCAUCAAGAUCCUUGACAAAGUUCAUAAAACCAUCCCAAGUGCUAUGGAAGUUCUGGAGGGCGCCAUUUACACUGUAUAGGCUUAAUAUUUUAAUUUACAUUAAUGGUUUAACAUUUGCCAGUUUUGCAGUUAUAAACCACAUAUACACAAUUUCAUUCACAGUAAAGUCAAAACAUUUUUCUGUUGGGAUUCUGAACAGCAGCACCUGUAUAAUGUGCCACUCUUGCCACUCGGAAUACAUUACUGUUGUUUAGGGGAUUUGACCAAUCAGAAUCAAGUAUUUAACACAGCCAGGUGAUUAGCAAGAAAGCUGGGUAAUAAGACAUCGUGAUGAGAGGUUGUCGUGUUUCACUGGAUAUGUACAGUACAUGUAAUUUGUGUCUGUCAAACUUCUGAAUGAAUGAGAUGCAGUUGUUUCUCAGUGUUACUUUUAGUAUUAAUAGUGAAUGAUGCUGUCAGAAUAACACUAGUUAGCAGUGAAGCUAGCUGUGUGUGCUUUUAAAAGAAAUACAAACUGUAACUGUAUGUUGCACUGUAA